AUGUCGGGGAAGAAGAAGUGUGAGAGCGGUGCCCACAAAAGAAAAAUGGUUUCGCGUGUUAGAGCAAAGCGCCCGGAUAGCUCGCUACCUCUCCCACCGGAGGGAGCGGACGAAGUGCGGCUCUUGCAGGUGGAUGUAACGAGAGAGGAGCAGGGGACUACCCGCAGUGCUCAGGAGAGACAAAGCUCUGCUGCUGUUGUACCCACAUUCUCACCAAAACACUUCCCCUCAGUUCUCAGAAUAACUGACCUCAAAGCAGUAAAUGGAAAAACCCUCUACAUCACUGUCAGAGAUGGAGAUGAAGCCACUUUGUCCUGUGAAAAUGUGAUGACUGAUCAGGAUAAAUGUGACAGAACUACCUGGGUCUUCAUUGGUUCAAGAAACGCAGCAGCAGUAGAUCUGAUUAAACUUGGGCAGAUUGGUGAAAAAGCCAAAGCUAAAUCAGACACACUGAGUGUUACAGCGGACUGUUCUCUGGUUAUAAAGAAGGUCACAGUUCGGGAUGUUGGUCGUUACUUCUGCAGACAGUACGACAGAUCAGGACGAAAACAAGGUCUAGACUCUGUGGUUCUUCUGUCUGUUGUUAUCAUGACUGAACAUAAGGACAAUGAUAUGGUGAAGUUAAUCUGCUCUGUGUCGACAUAUGGAUGGUGUCUACACACAGUGCAGUGGGUGUAUGAGGGUAAUGAUCAGGAUGUGAACACUCAGCACAUGAAAGAGUUACAGUCUUCUUGUUCUGCUACUGUGGAGUUUACAACUUCUCAUCUUACUGAGCCGUCAAAGUAUUCUGAGUUAUUCAAGUGUAGAGUGACAGAUAAAAGAAGUGGAAAAGUGCAGCAGUUUACCUUCAACUCUCCAUCUUCAGAUGAGGACACAAACGGAGCUGCAACAAAACCAACAACAGCAAAACCAGUAACACCAACAACAAAACCAGCAACAGCAACAACAUUGGGAAAAAGCACUGAGGCAAAGAUGAACCAAACACCACCAACAACCAAUCAAACUAAACAACAAGCAACCAUCAUCGGUGUGGCUGUGGGUUUAGCAUCACUCUUGAUAAUUGUUUUGGUGCUCAUCAGAUUAAAGAAAUCUAAACGGAACAAAACACAGACGGAUGAAAACAUUGGACCAAGUUUAAACACUGCAGUGACUCCAGGAACCAGUCAGGACAUGGUUGAUCCUGAAGAAGGUGUUUCCUACGCCUCCAUCAGCUACACCAAGAAGACCAACAGUAAAGCCCGGGUUCAUGGUGAUGAUGAUGCAGUGACCUACAGCACUGUGAAAGCUUCCUCCUCUUCAGCUGGAGCCUCCACUGAUCCCAGCAACCUCUACGCUACUGUCAACUAACCCAACAAAUAAGAGACCACAGUGUUAAUAUCAUUACAUUUCAUUUAUAACUGAUUAGUUAAAGCUUUAGCAAAGCAAUUAGCCUUUACGUCAUAAUAGAGACUGUAUCCUUGUGAGGAAUUUGUCUAUGCAGUGCAAAGAAAUGUAUAUUUUAUUGAAGGUAAUGAUAAAAAAUGUCAUGUUUUUUCAGUAUUAUGAUGAUUUACUGUUGGAUAAGAUUUUUAACAGCUUUUUUGUCUUUUAUAUAGUAUUGCUGUAAAUAUCUUUUUAUACAGAAAGAAAUACAGUGAGUUCAAAUAUCGUUAAUGAACUCUAUAUCAGGCCCUUUAUUGAGCUCAGUGAUGUGUCUGCUGGUGUUGAGUGAAAGUUUUCACUGUUAUUUUAUUUCUUAUCAUUUUAGGACUGAACUGAAUUCUCUAAGCAUGUAUUUGGUAUUUUUUAGUGUCAUAAUUUA